AAUGGCACGAACCGUACGACCAUCCCGUCCAAAAUCACAGAGCCCUAUAAAAAAAGUACGCAAGCCUAUUGAAAGCAAGGUGGCGCGCAAGAAAUCUCUAAGCAUAAAAACACCCACAGUAAAGCAAUUGCCCAUCAAAAAGCCGUCUAAGCUGCGCUAUCAUGUGGAGAAGGAAAUAAAGUACUAUCGGCAGUCGAUAACACACCUUGUGCCCAAGGCGUGUUUUAUUAGAAUGCUAAAGACGAUGGUUCUCAAGAUGGACACACAGAUGCGGUUUACGAAGGAUGCGCUUGAUAUGUUGCAGGACGCGUAUGAGAGCUACAUUGUUGCAAAUAUGGAGACAUCUUAUCUUGCAACUGUGCAUGCCAAGCGUGUUACGCUCAAGUCUGUUGAUAUUAAUCUGGUGAAGAGAAUUAAGGAUAGACAGUUGUUUUAGGUGCUGAGCAAUAAAAUUAAAUGGUUUGUAUCACAA